CUGACAGAAUACUUGUUGGCAACAUCCGAUAAGAAGAAAUACGAGGAGGCCACCAAGCAUCCAUUUUUGGACGCUGCGCGAAAAGGAACGAUCGACAGUGAUUUACUUUCUUUCUGGCUUUCACAAGAUCGCAUUUAUGCGGCGCAUGGUUACCCUCGUUUCAUCGGGGGUUUGAUCACAAAGAUCCCAUUUUUGUCACAGCACAAGAUAGGCAGCGUUCAGGAAACGAACAAUCAGCGGAUCUUGUCCCUGUUAUCCUUUUCGUUGCAAAAUAUCGUACAAGAGGCCGACUUCUUUCAGAAGUCCGCACAGAAGUAUGGAUUGCAGAUUGAAGGGUGGAAGGAGCGGGCUGCAACGAGGAACUAUCUUGCUGAGAUGGCUCGUGUGGAUAGCUGGGGAAGUCUUGAGGAAGGUCUUGUCUUCCUUUGGGCGAUGGAGAAGCUCUACCUUGACUCCUGGAGCUUUGUUGCGAGUGGCAUAUUAGGACAAGAUAAGGAGGAUGGGAAGGACAGCAAUGCACAGCGGGCGGUGAAGGACUUUGCAAGAAACUGGUCCAACAAGGAAUUCAUCAAGUUUGUCGACAAAUUAGCGGAGCUUGUGGAUGAUUUGGAAAUCGACCCCAUUUUGGAAACCGGGAGGAGGAUAAAGGUUGUUUGGGACAGAAUUGUUGAGCUUGAGAUCGAGUUUUGGCCAGAUGCUGAAGAGGUGGCAAGGAUGCGUAAGCAUCCUCCGAGUCCUUACUUGAGCCCUGAUCAGGUGGGCAGGACUCCAGCCGCUAUGACUUCGUGA